UCCCGGGCCGGUGGCGGCGGCGUCCUUGGCCUGGACGCUCCGAAGGGUCCGGCCGCUGCCGCGUGACCAACACCGAAGACCCCGGAAACGCCAUGGAUUCCACGCUGGCACCAGCCGGUUCCGCCACGGGCCCGGUCACCUUCUCCCACGUCUUCGGUCAGCAGUGCCAGCUUAUGGAAGCAGCUGUGCAAUCAUUGUACACCCUCAAUGACCAGAUAUCUCAUUUUAUUGUCACCAAGUCAAAGGCACUGGAAGAGGACAAAGACCCCUUCCUACCCACUGAGAAGGAGACUCUGAAGAGUUCCAUGAUCCUGAUGAGGCACCUCUUAAUGGACGCUCAGGCCAAAAUCCUGAGCAUGAUGGAAGACAAUAAGCAGCUCGCGCUCCGCAUCGAUGGGGCGGUCCAGUCGGCCAGCCAGGAGGUGACCAACCUGCGAGCCGAACUCACGGCCACCAACCGGAGACUGGCGGAACUGAGCGGCGGCGGCGGCCCGGGCCCGGGCCCGGGAGCGGCGGCCAGCGCCUCGGCGGCGGCGGCGGCGGCGGCGGCGGCGGCGGACUCGGCGGCGGCGAACAUGGAGAACCACCAGCACGGCGCGCAAGUGCUCCUGCGGGAAGAAGUGUCCCGGCUCCAGGAGGAAGUCCACCUUCUCCGCCAGAUGAAGGAGAUGUUGACGAAGGACCUGGAGGAGUCACAGGGUGGCAAGUCCUCCGAGGUCCUGUCAGCCACCGAGCUCAGGGUCCAGCUGGCCCAGAAGGAGCAGGAGCUAGCCAGAGCCAAAGAAGCCUUGCAGGCCAUGAAAGCCGACCGGAAGCGCCUAAAGGGCGAGAAGACCGACCUGGUGAGCCAGAUGCAGCAGCUGUACGCCACGCUGGAGAGCCGCGAGGAGCAGCUGCGCGACUUCAUCCGCAACUAUGAGCAGCACCGCAAGGAGAGCGAGGACGCCGUCAAAGCCCUGGCUAAGGAAAAGGACCUGCUGGAGCGUGAGAAGUGGGAGCUUCGGCGCCAAGCCAAGGAGGCCACGGACCACGCCACGGCGCUGCGCUCCCAGCUGGACCUCAAGGACAACCGGAUGAAGGAGCUGGAGGCCGAGCUGGCCAUGGCCAAGCAGUCCUUAGCUACGCUGACCAAGGACGUCCCGAAGCGGCAUUCCCUCGCCAUGCCGGGCGAGACGGUGCUCAACGGCAACCAGGAGUGGGUGGUGCAGGCGGACCUCCCGCUGACGGCGGCCAUCCGGCAGAGCCAGCAGACCCUCUAUCACGCUCACCCCCCGCACCCCGCAGACCGGCAAGCGGUCAGGGUGAGCCCCUGCCACUCACGGCAGCCCUCUGUCAUCUCCGACGCAUCUGCCGCCGAAGGCGACCGGUCGUCCACGCCAAGCGACAUCAACUCCCCUCGGCACCGGACACACUCCCUCUGCAACGGCGACAGUCCCGGCCCAGUUCAGAAGAACCUGCACAACCCUAUUGUACAGUCACUAGAGGAUCUUGAAGACCAAAAACGGAAAAAGAAGAAAGAGAAGAUGGGAUUCGGCUCCAUCUCGCGCGUCUUCGCCAGAGGGAAGCAGCGGAAGUCCCUCGACCCCGGCCUCUUUGAUGACUCGGACAGCCAGUGCAGCCCCACGCGGCAGAGCCUCAGCCUGUCGGAGGGCGAGGAGCAGACGGACCGGCUGCAGCAGGUGGAACUGGUCCGGACCACCCCCAUGUCCCACUGGAAGGCCGGUACCGUCCAGGCCUGGCUGGAGGUGGUCAUGGCCAUGCCCAUGUACGUCAAGGCGUGUGCAGAGAACGUCAAGAGUGGGAAGGUGCUGCUGAGCCUGAGUGAUGAGGACCUGGAGCUGGGUCUGGGCGUGUGCAGCUCCCUGCACCGGCGCAAGCUCCGGCUGGCCAUCGAGGACUACCGCGACGCCGAGGCGGGCAGGAGCCUGUCCAAAGCCGCUGACCUGGACCAUCACUGGGUGGCCAAGGCCUGGCUGAAUGACAUCGGCCUGUCCCAGUACUCUCAGGCCUUCCAAAACCACCUGGUCGAUGGGCGGAUGCUACACUCCCUGAUGAAGCGGGACCUGGAAAAGCACCUGAAUGUGUCCAAGAAGUUCCACCAGGUCAGCAUCCUCCUGGGGAUCGAGCUGCUGUACCAAGUGAACUUCAGCAGGGAGGCCCUCCAGGAGCGCCGCGCCCGCUGCGAGACCCAGAACAUAGACCCCGUGGUCUGGACCAACCAACGGGUGCUCAAGUGGGUGCGGGACAUCGACCUGAAGGAGUAUGCAGACAACCUGACCAACAGCGGCAUCCACGGUGCUGUGUUGGUGCUGGAGCCCACGUUCAACGCCGAGGCCAUGGCCACUGCCCUGGGCAUCCCCAGCGGGAAGCACAUCCUUCGGAGACACCUGGCAGAGGAAAUGAGUGCCGUCUUCCACCCAGCCAACUCCUCAGGCAUCCGGGAGGCUGAGCGUUUCGGAACACCCCCAGGGAGGGCCUCCAGCGUCACCCGGGCAGGGAAGGAGGAGAGCAGCGGCGGCAUUAAAUACAAGGCUGGCCGGCUGCCGCUGGGGAAGAUAGGAAGGGGCUUCAGCAGCAAAGACCCCGAUUUUCAUGAUGACUAUGGCUCUCUUCAAAAUGAAGAUUGUGGAGACGACGACCCCCAGGGCAGGCCAGAGCAGUGCCGGCUGGAAGGCUACAACGGCCUCGAGGUCACCAAUGUGUAAGGGACUGUCGCCCCACCAGCCCCAACACGGACACAUCCGCGGAGGAAGUGUAGCCAGAUGCUGUCACCACUGCACAUAGUGGCCGCGGGCCAGGGAUACGCCCCUCCCUGGCACAAUCCCAGCAGACUGUCGCAGUUUCAGACGGGCGCUCCGAGGAACGAGGGGACACCAGCCUGCCUGUCUUCAGCGGGUUGUGGACCUGUCCGCUCAGUGGGAGGACCUGUCGGCCCAGCCUCUCUAUAACCCAGGCCCCACCCAGAGUGACCGCCAGCCACUGAGCAGGCCGGGUGGUCCCCGGGGCCUUGAACUGAGCUGCCGAGGUUGGAAGGAGGCAGGCAGUUCCCCAAGAGCACCCUCCCAGAAAGCGCAGGUGCAACUCCAGCCGGACACACGGCACCCAGCAAGGGCGGUGCCAGGGGCGAGCAUAGCCUGAGGCUGACCCAUCGGCACGGGGGCCCUUCCAGCCAGCCUGGCGGGGCUCCUGGCUCUAGCACCUGUGCCCCCCACGACUGAGAACCCGGGUUCUGACUCAGCUCGCUGAAUCUCCCUUGGGAGACUGCAAAAUGAGGCGGUCACUCCCUUCCACCCCAAAAGCCAUGGGGCACGGGGGGUGGACGCAGAGAAGAGCCUUUUGCCUGCUCCCAGGCGCGGCUACAGUGCCGGGAGGGUGCGGGGCGGGGAACAGUGCCAGGAAAUGCAGGUUUCCUGUCGUGAGGAUGGACAUCCUGAGGACGGGAUCCGGGCUGACUGACUCAGGCCGGCGACGACCAAGUUCGACAACGGGGUUGGGAUUGGGGGCAGGGAGAUGCUUGUCACUGUUAACCCAACAAACCUGUGUGGUGAGGUCUCAGUCACCUGGAACAGGGGUGUGUUCACCAAUGCCCUCAUGGAGAUGAAGGCUGGAGAGCAAAGUCACUGACGUGGUGGAGAGAACCCCCCGCCCUUUUCCCGACUCUGCCACUGUUUGGCUCUGUGGCUUCUUGCCGGUGGCCUCACCUCUCUGUGCCUCAACCCCUGCAUCCACAACACUUCCUGGUUCCCUCCCAGGGACAUUGUGAGAAUUAACACGUGCUAAUGUCUGUAACCCACUUUGUAACCUCUCAGGAGACAGGUGGCAAGCAAUGAGGCUAGAAGGGAGCUCUGAGUUCCCACUUACAGCACCGGACUGACCUUGAACUGGUUCUCCCCAACAGUGUUCCGGUUGGAACAACAUGCACAAGGAGGAAAGGAAUGCUUAAUGUUCAGACUCUCUAGAGCCCCCAGUAGGGCUUGACCAAAAAAGAGAGAGAGAGAGAGAGAGAGAGAGAGAGAGAGAGAGAAAAGUCCACAGACACAACCCUUGAAAACCAGUCGGAUCCAUGUGUUCGGGCUCGAGUCUGUUGACCUCAGCACUGAGCGAUGACUUGGGAGGGACGACAUGCACUGGAGUUACCCUGACACUUUGGUUGUCAAAGCAAAUCCUUUGUUGGGACCACAAUGCUCGACCGCCAUUGGGGCCAUUCGCACCAGAGUCAAUGACAGGCCUGAACUCCCAAGACUUGAACAGGUGUCGGCCUCCAAGAACCGUCAAAGUACAUGUUCCUCAGCCCAAUGAACCAGAUCCCCCUGCGGGAAAAGCCUAAACCGAGGCCUGAGGAACCUGAGAGUGACCCUUCCUCCCCGAUGCCGGAGACCAUGGUUUUCUCUCUGAUCUUAAGAUAAGCACAGCUUUUCUUGCCCAUGGAAACCAAACACCCAGCUGGUGGACAGGUGGAUGGCCCUCCAUUCAUCUGAUGUUUAGCCUUCUAGGGUCCCAUUUCUGAUUCCGUGGCCUUUGGGGGGCGGGCGGGGCGGGGCGGGAAGCUCUGGUAUCUAAGGUGGCUUUGCUGAGGUUCCAAAUUCCAGCCACAUUCAGCCACACCUGGGGCCUGCAGCCUGGAGGGGGAAGUAAAACGUCUUCUAACCCGAUGCCACAGGUCACUCCCAAGCCAGCCUCCAGGCUGGGUGACCCGGAACCCUGGGAUCUGCCUCUUGGGAAGCAGCAGACCAGGCAGGAAAUGACUCCCACAGGGUGAGCAAGGGUAGCACAAGGGGGCCUGAUUAUCUGAAGCCAACAUUCACCCGAGUUGUCGGAAAUGGAGCUUGCCUUUCCCACCCCCGCUCCACCCCACUGGGGACAAGAUGGGCAAGCGGACAGUAUGGGGGGGGGGGGGUCACCGGCAGGGAUGGCAUUGUCCCCAAAAUGUGCAACAUUGGGCCAGCAGGCCUGGGGCGAUGCAGACAACCUCGAAAGCACCUUUCGGUCCAAAUGAUACCUUAAUAGCACACUCUCUCCUACCUGACGCCCCGGUCCUUGGCAGCCAAGCGACCGUUUGGAAUUGGCUUUUCGUGACUCAAGCGGGCAGGGUGGCCGCCUGCAGAACGGGGACCUGCCACAUCCCGUGCAAAGGGCCUGAGUCGUGUGGCCGUGGAGGGUGAUGUGGCUUCUGGACCUGGGAACAUACGAAUGUGCUUCUUGGAGUGGCAUCAUCUGUGUCCAUGGGCGCUGGCCCCUUAGAGAGGGGUAGUUGGUGCCAGAGGCUGGGGAGAAGCAGAGUAGGCAGAGGCACCCCAUAUUUCUCCCAGAAGCAGGGACCAGGGCCAUCAGGAGGCACCUGCCUGGGGAGCCUGGGUGGCCCUGUCAGUUAUGUGUCCAGCUCUUGAUUUUGGCUCAGGUCACGAUCUUGUGGUCGUGGGAUGGAGCCCUGCAUGAGGCUCUGCCCUGACAGCUCGGAGCCUGCUUGGGCUUCUCUCUCUCCUUCACGCUCUCUCUCUCCCCCUCUCCUUCUCCGUCUCCCUCUCUCUCUCUCCUUCUUUUUCUCUCUCUCAAAAUAAACAUUUAAAAAAAAAAGUCACCUGCCCAGCAGACUCUCAGCUUUCUGACCCAGACACCUCUGGAAGGUCCCUUUGUCAUUAGCUGGGCAGAGCUAUUCUCCUAAAAGUCUGUCUGUCUGUCAGCACCUCAGUCACCCACCUGCCCCCUGGGCCCCAGGCUGCAGGGGGCAGGGAGGAGCCGCAUGACAACCUGGCCCAGAUGAAGGGGAAGGGGAAGGGGAAGGAAGGGGAAGGGCCUCUACGCAGCCCAGGCAGCACAGAGGGGGCCUCAGAACAGCGACCCCAAACCUCGAGGUCACUAAACAGGGCUGACGUGGCAGAACGGGAAGAUGUGGCAGGACACGUCCGCUGCGGGGCCACCCAGACCCUCCAGAGCUCCACGCUGCGCCCACCCCCUUCCCAUCGAAGCCCGUAAGCUCUGGCCCGUCCCGCCCACGCCGCUCUUCGAGGCUCCAACGGGCUCCUGGCGGGUGAGCGGCGAGGAAAGAAAGCCCGUGGGACACGGCGACUUCUGAAGCCCACGUUCUUGGCGACAGUUGGCUGGUGAGAAGGUGUCCUAACACGGAGGGAGUUUGUUGGCCGCAAAGGGAAAAGUUGUCCACGAACAGAGAUGAUGCUCCUGCCUUUUAGUUGCUGGUCACGGCCCCAGCGCCUUCCCAAGAGUGAAUUUUAACACUAUAACAAUAAAUACUACUGCACAG